AUGUCCUACAUUGCCUAUAGUGGAACUGGGACGGCGGUAAGUCAGAGCAUGUUGUGUGGACCUCGACGGCGCCAGCUUGUCCGGUUGUCUUCACACGCAGGUGGCCGCGUUUGUAGGGUCACCAUGAGUCACCUUGUCCUCACGCCCAAGGGGUCCUUCGUGCUUGUUUAUGUUGGUUUUCUUGGCUGCCAGUCUGCAAUAUAUAAGGCCUUUCGACGAGCGGUCAUCAAGAGCAAAGUGGCGUUUCGCUUCAGCCGCAUUGGCCGAGGCCUCUGGAGUGCCAGCUCGGCGGCUUCUAUUGGCGUGGGUGCCGGACCCACCCCUCGGACCACCCGGCCCCCCACAUCGACUUUCACUGCCACGUCCGAGUCGAAGUCGUCGCCUCUCUCACUGCACCUCCAGCGCCGCAGGCCCUCGUCUUCCGCCUCCUCAAAUGACUCCGCUGUCGAACUGUUGCCCUGUUCCUCGGAAAACUCCAAUGGGAAUUUCACAGGAUGCCCACAACGACUCCGGCAUCCCAGCCCAAAUCCGUCUGACCACUACUCCAUGGUAUAUUCGUCUCCGUCGAAUCGAGACUACAAACAAGCCGACGGUGAACUUGCCACUCCUGUUUCGAACGUUUCUUCCUGCCAGUCGGUAGCGCAUAAACCCGCCGCUUCGCUGACCUCUCAAGACGUUGAAGACGGUGCGAUCGGCCGGUCGGUUUCGACUGCCACACUCACCAGCGGUGAGCUAGAAGCUGAGCCGACUUACGCCGUGCCUUUGGCAACCGUCGUUAAACGACCUAAGGGGCCGCAGGCUCCUCCCCCCGUUCCUCCGAAGGGACCGUUCAGUACCUUCGAAUCGGACCGUUUUAUUGCUCCACCGACCCUCGCUGCGACCCCACAUCGUCGGGCUGCGAGCGCGUUGCGUGUGUGCUACCAGCGUUCGCCGAUUUUCGCGGACUCUACCAGUCGUCGUCCCGCCUCCACUGUCUCGUCUUCCGGUUCCACAGCCAGCUGGUACGCCGACAUUCUCCCAUACAAACCCUCCACCCUGCCAGAGACCCUUGCUGAUCGCUUGAAACAGCGAAACAGUUUUGUCCUCUCCUCCGGGACCCCUAGUGUUGCGGCUACCGACAACCUCAUGACUCGGUCCUUGUUUGAGUCACGCCAUCUGUCUACUAAUAACACUGUCGACAGUGGCAGCGGAGUGAAUAGUCGGCCGAAUGGUCGAAUGCGACCCGUUUCUUUCCACGACGCCUCGCCGACUUCGAUUAAUCUUCCUUCUCUCGACCAUCUGCUAAAAGUGAAGGGAGACCAAAGGCCGUUGCCACGGCCUCGUUGCGAAGCCACAACGACAAAAAGUCCUAUUGGUUUCCCCCUCGAACCACUACAUUUGCAACCAUCCGACUCGCCACUCCUCGGACAGUAUUGUCGCUUGAAACUAAUCAUCCCCCUAACGUCCAACUUUACCUCUCCCAAUUCGAAUGCGGGGCCAUGCACGACUUUUAUGUAG